GACACCACAUCAUGCAAGAACCAGGUGAUGAGCCUCGUUUGAACACGUGACGAAAGCUCGCCGUGAUUUCUGGACCAGAAUUGAAGUUAAUCUGAUUCCAUCCCGCAUAUCUACGAUGAAGAUGAAAAUCCUUCUUUUGAUCCUGGUAACUAAUUUCCAAAUGAUCCAUCAACUUGAGGGUCAUUGGGAUGGGCCAUCAUCAGCCGAGGAGUUCUGCAAGCAAAUUUUCAAUAGGAGACGAGGGGCACUGCCGAAUCCCACUUCGCACAAGGAAUGUGGAGAAUGCUUACCUGGGUACUACGCGGAGCCGGUGCAUGGCGGAGUAUCAGAGACUUGUGCCAAGGAAUCUGACCAUACUUCAACCAUUCAAAAAUCGGCUACCGCAAGUUUGUCAGAGAAUGGCACUUCUGAGUUGGAAGGAGACGUUCCACUCGGUCCUGUGAUAGUGAAGCAUGACCAUUCUGGGUCGAUGGAAGUCGACGCAGACCAAAGUGGGAAAACAGUCUUCUUGAAACAUACAUACCUUGAAGUACCACAACUCAUCCAGGAGACAGAAUUAGAAUCUGACCAGAGAGGAAGAAAAGAAUUUUCCACGACCACAGUGACUGGGAUAAGCAUUCUAAAUACAAUUCUAGCCGUGGGGAUAUUUGUUCUAAUUGCCAUUCUUCUAGCCGUGGUUUUACGUUACUCCUUGAUCGUCAAGAGAAAGAAUACGUGCGAAGAAUCACCAGAAGGAAACAGCCUCCUCCCUUCCAAGCCUUCCGCUCCCAAUUCAGAACAAGGAAAAGAUGAAUCCAUUACCUUCAUUAGUGAAAGGAUAAGCACGGUAUCAUGGACACCCCAAACUGCUAUCAUGAAGAACUGGACCAAGCUAAUCGAAAACAUGGAUGUGGAGGCUGUGGAGAACUACCUCAUUGAGAAAGGGCGGUUGGAGAGGUGGAAGAGGGAAGAACUCAACGAUGAAGGAGUGAAGAGGAAGCGCCGAGAAACUUUGUUGCACCACGUUUGCACGAGGGACUUGGACUUCUUCCACGGCUUUCUCCAUGGUCUCAACUUAUACUUCGCCUCCUCACAGCUGAACUUGAAUAAGGAACGCAUCAGCGUUUGUCAGGAUCUGUUGACAAGUGCAACAGAUGGUCCUUACCUGCUUCGUAACAUCAUUUACCUGAUGUCCUGA